UAAGCACCUUAGAUACACUCAGCAUGCGUUUCUCGAUCGUAUUUGUUCUUUCCGUCCUAGGAUGCCUCCUGCUUAUCCAGGAGGGCAGCAGUACCACAACCACAACUACAACUACAGAUGCGACCACAACCACAACUACCACGGCUUCAUCCGACACCACCACCACCACCACUGACGCUACCACCACCACCACGACCACUGCCUCCUCCUCGUCCUCUUCCUCUGCGGAGGCCAGGAGGCGCAGGCGUGCCCGUCGCCGCCGUCUGGCCCGUCAGCGCCAGCGCAGGGAGCGCAGGAGGCAGCGCAGAACUCAAAGGUUGCGCCAGCAACUGAAGAAUAGGCGCCGGCAGUUGCGCGGAUAAAAAAAUGUUAAAAUUUUUUGAAAGGUGGUUCGUUGCUAAUAAGCUGUUCAAAAUCGCUAAAAUCGAUGUAAAUUAAAACGUACAAAAUGUUUUCUUUAAA